AUGCCUCCUUUAACAACCACCACAUCUUCUUCCCACCACAACAUCCACCACGAUACCAAGGACAAAACCGAGCCACAAUUCGCGAACAAACCCGCCCCCGGCAUCUCCUACUUCACUCCAGCCCAGAACCCACCAGCAGGCACAGCACAGGUCAUCGAAGGCCAGAAUGUCCCCAAGCUCUUCCGCCCCCUUAAGAUCCGGGGCCUUACCAUGCCUAACCGGAUCAUGCUUAGUCCUCUGUGUCAGUAUUCCGCUGAGGAUGGCCACUACACCAUGUGGCACCUGACGCAUAUGGGUGGCAUCAUCCAGCGAGGUCCUGGCAUAUCGUGCGUAGAAGCGACAGCAGUGACGGCGAAUGGACGGAUCACGCCCGAAGACAAUGGUCUUUGGAAGGACAGUCAGAUUGAGAACCUGAAGAAACUCUGCGAAUUUGCGCAUUCCCAGAGUCAGAAGGUUAUGAUCCAGCUGGGACAUGCUGGCAGGAAAGCUUCGACUGUCGCCCCCUGGCUAUCCAGCGGCGCAGUAGCAGGCAAAGACCUCAACGGCUGGCCAGACGACGUCGUCGGUCCCUCCGCCAUCGCCUGGAACGAACACCACGCCAACCCACGCGCCAUGUCCCUCCAAGAAAUCGACGACUUCAAAGCCGCUUUCGGCGCCUCUGUCAAACGAGCCCUCACAGCCGGCUUCAACGCCAUCGAAAUCCACGCCGCUCACGGCUACUUGCUCCAUGAGUUCAUCUCCCCGGUCUCAAACCAGCGCACAGACAAGUACGGCGGUAGCUUCGACAACCGCAUCCGUCUGGUGAUGGAAACCGUUGAGAUGUGCCGCGGAAUCAUGCCCAAGGACAUGCCACUCUGGCUCCGCAUCUCUGUCACCGACUGGCUUGAAGAAGCGCCCAAAGACCAGAUUCCCGAAUCCUGGACCCAAGCCGACACACUGAAACUCGCGCCUCUGCUUGCCAAAGCCGGCGUGGACGUCUUAGAUGUCAGCACAGGUGGCAAUCACCCCCUGCAGCAUCCGCACACUAAGCCGGCGUACCAAGCCGACUUUGCUAUUGAGAUCAAGAAAGCUGUCGGUGAUAGUAUGAAGGUCGGCAGUGUAGGAAUGAUCGACAACGCGAAGCUGGCGCAGAAGUUGGUGGAGGAGGAUGGGCUGGAUAUGGUGACCGUCGGCAGGGGGUUCCAGAAGAAUCCCGGGUUAGUGUUUGCGUGGGCGGACGAGCUGGGGCAUAAGGUGAGGAUGCCGAAUCAGAUUGCCUGGGGUAUGGCGGGGAGGGGGUCAAAGGAGAAGCCAGUUUUCUUGGAUUUGGAGAAGGAUGCGGAGUAA